AUGCAAAUUGCUAUAACCUCCUCCGACCAAACUCUAUCUCUUCAUGUAUUUAUUGCCCAAUUUACUAAAUUCAAACAGUCUUCUGUUAUAGGGGAACUUGGGUCGGAUAUAAUGCCCACCCUUGAAAACAGCUUUUGCAAAUUUACUAAUAAAAUAUUCUCUUACAUUGCAGGUCCUCCAGGAAAGCGAGGGAAGCGUGGAAAAAAAGGAGAUACGGGAGAACCGGGUCCAGCGGGGCCGCUUGGUCCACCUGGGAAGAACGGCUUUCCGGUACUUUAG